AAGGCGAAAAAAAUGUCUGUUCAGACAUUCUAGAGUUUUUUCUUGUAUUAUUAUAUUAAAAUAUUUUCCCAAAUUUCUAGUCUUAUAAAAUAACAAAAAAAAUCGUAAAAUAUUUAAUACCGUCCGUUGACUUUAAUUACUACAACUAAACAAAAUGAGCAUAAAGAUGAGCGUAUCCAACGAGUCGGAAACUCAAUUGGAGCACAUAUGUAGGUUGCAAUUCGAUGGGCCGCCAGCAGUACGCCGCCUGACAAAUAUUAUUUGCACCAUCGGCGUUGUGUCGCGCAACAGAACAAUGCUGAAGAGCCUAAUGAAGGCCGGCAUGGAUAUAGCGCGGCUCAAUUUCUCACACGAGUCGCACGAGCACCAUAAAUCCACAAUCGAUAUGAUACGCGCAGCGUCCGAUGACUACGCCGAAGAGGAGGGCUAUCGCCGACACAUUGGCAUAGCGCUGGACACGAAGGGCUCGGAAAUACGUACCGGCUCGUUUGAGGGUGUUCAAGAGGUGGAACUGAAGAAGAACGACAAUAUACGACUGUCUGUAAAUAAAGAUCUCAUGGAUAAGGGCAGCAAGGAGACAGUCUAUGUUGAUUACCCGAAUAUUAUUAAUGUCAUGCAGCCGGGAAAUAUAAUUUAUCUUUGUGACGGCACCAUUAUGCUGCUGGUGAAGGAGGUCGCCGUGGAUUGUGUGAUUUGUCAAGUGGAGGUGGGCGGCAUUUUGGGCGCUUCGAAGGGUGUUUGGCUGGGUAGUGUGAAUGUAGAUUUACCGCCCGUCUCAGAGAAAGAUCGUUUCGAUCUGCGUUUUGCUGUAGAAAAUAACUUCGACUUCAUAUUCGCCUCCAAGAUACGUCAUCCCUCCGCCAUACGCGAGAUACGCGCCGUUAUGGGUGAACGCGGUAAAGACAUACAGAUCGUGUGCAAAAUCGAUUGUACACAAAUUCUGGAAUAUCUCAAUGAAGUGAUCUGCGCCUCUGAUGGCAUACUGAUCGAUCGGAGCAGUUUGGGCAUUGAUUUGCCGGAUGAGAAGCUCUUCCUGCUGCAGAAAGCGAUUGUAGCGCGUUGCAAUCGUGUGGGCAAACCGGUAAUUGUGGGUACUCAGCUGUUGUCUUCCAUGAACUCUGAACGCCGUCCUACGCGCGCCGAUGUGGCAGAUGUGGGCAACACUGUGAUCGAUGGGGUGGAUGGUGUCAUGCUUGCCAGUGAGAGCGCCAUUGGCAAGUAUCCACUAGAGACGGUCAUCUGCGUGGCCAACAUAUGCGCUGAAGCGGAAGCUGUUAUUUGGCGUCGUCAUUUACAUAAGGAGCUCAUGCUAAACAAUCCGGCAGCAAUCGAUGCAGUACACGCUGUCGCCUUGGCAGCUGUGGAUUCGGCACAAAAGGCAAUGGCGGCACUCAUUAUCAUCCUAACAACUUCUGGUCGAUCGGCGUACUUGGUUAGCAUGUAUCGACCGCAUUGUCCGAUAAUAGCGCUGACGCGUUGCGGACGGACUGCACGACAGUGUAAUCUGAGGCGAGCCGUUUAUCCGGUGCUCUAUUCAGAAAAAUCCGAUCCGGAUUACCAAAAAGAUGUUGAAUUACGUGUUCAGUAUGCCUUGGCUGCUGCUAAGAAACUCAAACUCGUCGAUAAAGGUGAUUCAGUGGUCAUUGUUUCACCCUGGAAGGAAGGCACGGGCUUCUCGAACAAUAUGCGCAUUGCCUACGCUUUCUUCGAACCAGAUAAAACUGAGAGUGUUUCGAAACGCAGUACCAUGAUAAGGGAGAAAAGCAAAUCAGUGUUCUAAAAAGCUGUCAUAAUUCUUUACUUUUUUUUGUGCAAAAUUCGUCGUAUUGCAAAUCAUUUCAAUAAAGUUUGAAUAGCUCUUA